AUGGACGACUUCUCAGACGAUGGGUUCGACGAACUCAACGAUACGACGCUACAGGAACUUGAGAAUCAUGCUAUCCAGUUUACCCAGGCGCAGAGGUUCGAUCAGUCGCAGUCGCAGGCUCUCAAGGACAUUGACGACUACGGUUUGGAGGAGGACGACGACCUGGACGACGCGCUCGUUUUAGACGAGUCUGCGAAUGCGCCGGUGCGUCCAGUUGUCGAGAGACAGACAGGCUCCACAGCCGCGCCCUUUGCCCAAGAUGCGCGCCAGCUCCCGAGCCGGAGCUUCCAACAGCCACGAUGGCAGCAGCAGCCCGUUACUGGUGCAAAGCCUCCCACACAGUAUUCGACAAUACGGAACUCUGGUCCUACCUCCAGCCGAUAUGCUGCUCCCGGACCCCAUAUGCCCCUACGAAUGGGUCCUCCCCCACUUCCCGGCCCAGACCGAUACGGUGCUCCUCAGUCGACCUCCUCGUCCUCCUCCUUUCGCCCGGGACACCAGCAUCCCCAAGGCCCGCAACAGCAGGGCGGGGGCGGCGCCAUACCGCAGAGCCAGAACAACUUGGUCGAAGCCCUUCAAGCACGUUUGCGGGCCCUCGAAAAUGACCUUAACUCGGCCAGAGGAGAGGUCUCCAUCGUCCGAUCCAAGUACGAAAAGUCCAUUUCAACCCACGAGGCUGAGCUCUCGAGGCUGAAGAAACAGAAUGCUGAAGCACUCGCAAAGCAACAGCGUCUUGUGGACGCUGCCAUCCAGAACGAGAAGACUGCCGCGACCGAGCUGCAGUUCACACGCCAGGAUCUGAGGGAGGAGCUGCAGCGGUCCAAGAAGCAGCGUUCAGAGUCUGGGCAGGCCGGCACGUCAACCCCCAAGAAGAACAAGGCGAAUGUGCGCAACAACGUUGCGGACGGUUUCGACGAUGUAGAGAUCCUGCCAAGCCCAUCCAAGGCCCAAGGCGGUGCCAAGGGCAAAGGAAAGUCAGCCUCUUUCCCAGGGCCUGGAGAGAGGACACCCAGUAGGGCCAAGAGGAAACGACCGGCAAUAGAGAGCCCCGUGACAGCGUUGGAGGUGGAAGACGAUGUGGCCAUGGUAGAUCCAGCACCUCCUGGUGGCGGUGCGCAGCCGCCUGGAUCAAAUCUCCGGUCGACUGCCCUGCCCUAUGAUCUUCUACGUCUGGUUCUCGAUCACGGGGCCAUCUACGGCCAGCCCUUGACUUUUGAUCUGCUUGCUCGAUACACCUUCCCGUCAGAUCCGGACCAGUCCUUUGCGGGCAUCAUUUUCCAGAAACUACCUUCUCUGGGCGAUCCCCAAGACCCUCUGCGCUUGCUUAUCGACUUUUGCAACAUGAUCAUUGACCUCUGGGAUCAAUGCUUGAAAGAAAAAUACUAUGAGCCCAUCUUUGACCUUGCAUCGCUUGUCACCUUCAUCUUACAACUCAACACAAUACCAGUGGCGCCCUACAUCACCUCGACGUUGAUACCUGUGGCGCAGACUACCAUCCUGCUUCUCGCGGUCCCUCGAUUCGAAAGUGUGAACGGCGACCUCUCCACAAGCCUGGACGAGAAGAUUCCGCACCUCAUCCUCAAUAUCGAUACCGAAGGCACCCUCCAGCUCAUGUACCUUACGGCUCUUGGCUGUGUCGACUCCUAUUUGCUCAACCCCGAGUACCCUUUGGACCUCGGCCCCGAUCGUGACUCGCCACAGAGACUCUAUUGGAAGAUGGUGGAGAUAGACUUCGUGCUUGCCAUGAUCUCACAUAAACAACCGCACGACGAGUUCCUCAGGAUUCUCAGGCUACUAUGCACAUCCUGUCUUCCCGACUCCAUCGGUCCCAUCACAGGCAAAGAGGCUCGUGAUCCGGUCUUCGUGGCACAGGCCCUCAUUGAGCGCGUGAGCAAGGUCAUGCACAUGCCUCACCUGUGGGUGACGCCCGCCGAUUCGGCUGGGGCCUAUGGACAUCGGCAGUGCCUUGUUCGGCUGGAGGCCUUGAGGACGCUGAUGGCCUUUGCGCAGUCGCCCUUCGGUGCAAAACAGAUGGUAUUCAGCGACGUCGCCAUACCAAGGCUGGUGAAUGUAUUGUGCGGCGCUAUUGAUGCGCUGUAUAAUAUGGACGUACCAGUCAAGCUUUUCCAGCCAACAGAUGAUGAUUCCGAGGGUGAGGCGGCAGAAGCCUCCAAUGAAAUGGCAGCAGAUACCCUUGAUCCCAAUCCCACACCGCUUCUAUACACGCUCAUCUCCUCCAUCGUCCUCCUGCUGCACGCGCUGGUGACAGACCCGUCGACCUCGGCACACAUCGACAUGCGCGCCAAGCUGUCAACAUCGCAUGGCGCGUCCCAGAAGUACCUGCUGGCGUUGUCGCGUCUCAAUUACGUUGAAGAGGACCUGAUUCUGGAGGCGGGAAUCGACCCGGUCACCUGUGACCGAGCAGCUGAUCUCUUGGAAGUAGCCAUCACCCCGGUUGAGGCGGAAGGGGUCGAGGAGGUAUUCCAGCCGGCAGAGGAGGCAUUUGGUUAA